UCCUUUAAAUCUGUUUGUUGUGUACAGCAGGGCUUAUUACUUCUCUUGUCUUGGUUGGAUGCACAAAUCUGUGUGCAGUGCUUUUUGCCCGUUGCCUAGACGAUCACAUUGGUUUCUCUGAGGAUGUCUGGUUCUCGUAAAGAGUUUGAUGUGAAACAGAUUUUGAAAAUCAGAUGGAGGUGGUUUGGCCAUCAAGCAUCAUCUUCUAAUUCUACAGUUGACAGCCAGCAGGGAGAAUUUUGGAAUCGAGGACAGACUGGAGCAAACAGUGGGAGAAAGUUUUUAGAUCCGUGUAGCCUGCAGUUGCCUUUGGCUUCAAUUGGUUACCGAAGGUCCAGCCAACUGGAUUUUCAGAAUUCACCUUCUUGGCCAAUGGCAUCCACCUCUGAAGUCCCUGCAUUUGAGUUUACAGCAGAAGAUUGUGGUGGUGCACAUUGGCUGGAUAGACCAGAAGUGGAUGAUGGCACUAGUGAAGAAGAAAAUGAAUCUGAUUCCAGUUCAUGCAGGACUUCCAAUAGUAGUCAGACAUCAUCCUGUCAUACUAUGGAGCCAUGUUCAUCUGAUGAAUUUUUUCAAGCUCUUAAUCAUGCUGAACAAACAUUUAAAAAAAUGGAAAACUAUUUGAGACACAAACAGUUAUGUGAUGUAAUUUUAGUUGCUGGUGAUCGGAGAAUUCCAGCUCACAGAUUGGUGCUCUCCUCUGUCUCAGAUUAUUUUGCUGCCAUGUUUACUAAUGAUGUCAGAGAGGCAAGACAGGAAGAAAUAAAAAUGGAAGGUGUAGAGCCAAACUCAUUAUGGUCCUUGAUUCAGUAUGCAUAUACAGGCCGCCUUGAAUUAAAAGAAGAUAAUAUUGAGUGCCUGUUAUCUACAGCCUGCCUCCUUCAGCUUUCACAGGUUGUGGAAGCAUGCUGUAAGUUUUUAAUGAAACAGCUUCACCCAUCCAAUUGUCUUGGAAUCCGUUCUUUUGCUGAUGCCCAAGGUUGUACAGAUUUACAUAAAGUGGCUCACAAUUACACUAUGGAACAUUUCAUGGAAGUAAUCAGAAACCAGGAAUUUGUAUUACUACCAGCCAGUGAAAUUGCAAAGCUCCUGGCCAGUGAUGACAUGAACAUUCCUAAUGAGGAGACAAUAUUGAAUGCGCUUCUCACUUGGGUCCGUCACGAUUUAGAGCAGAGACGGAAAGAUCUCAGUAAACUUUUAGCUUAUAUUAGGCUACCUCUUCUUGCACCACAGUUCCUGGCAGAUAUGGAAAAUAAUGCACUUUUUCGGGAUGACAUAGAAUGUCAAAAACUCAUUAUGGAAGCAAUGAAGUAUCAUUUAUUACCAGAGAGACGACCCAUGUUACAAAGUCCUCGGACAAAACCUAGAAAGUCAACUGUUGGUACAUUAUUUGCAGUUGGAGGAAUGGAUUCAACAAAAGGUGCAACAAGCAUUGAAAAGUAUGAUCUCCGUACAAAUAUGUGGACUCCUGUGGCGACUAUGAAUGGGAGAAGGCUACAAUUUGGAGUUGCAGUGUUAGAUGACAAACUGUUUGUGGUUGGAGGGAGAGAUGGACUGAAGACUUUGAAUACUGUAGAGUGCUACAAUCCCAAAACAAAAACUUGGAGUGUGAUGCCGCCUAUGUCCACACAUAGACAUGGCCUCGGUGUGGCUGUGCUGGAAGGCCCCAUGUAUGCAGUCGGAGGACAUGAUGGCUGGAGCUACCUGAACACGGUCGAAAGAUGGGACCCACAGGCUCGCCAGUGGAACUUUGUUGCCACUAUGUCCACUCCCAGAAGCACAGUAGGUGUGGCAGUACUGAGUGGAAAACUUUAUGCAGUUGGUGGUCGUGAUGGAAGUUCUUGUCUCAAAUCAGUAGAAUGCUUUGAUCCUCAUACUAAUAAAUGGACACUGUGUGCACAAAUGUCAAAAAGGAGAGGAGGUGUUGGAGUAACAACUUGGAAUGGACUGCUAUAUGCUAUUGGAGGACAUGAUGCCCCUGCAUCCAACUUGACUUCCAGACUCUCAGACUGUGUGGAGAGAUAUGAUCCCAAAACAGAUAUGUGGACUGCGGUGGCAUCUAUGAGCAUCAGCAGAGAUGCAGUGGGGGUCUGUUUACUUGGUGAUAAAUUGUAUGCUGUUGGAGGGUACGAUGGACAGACUUAUCUUAAUACAGUAGAGGCUUAUGAUCCCCAGACAAACGAGUGGACCCAGGUUGCUCCACUGUGCCUAGGAAGAGCUGGAACUUGUGUUGUGACUGUAAAAUUAUAAUUUUACAUUUAUAUGCAUUGGUUUUUAAGUGAAGAAACCCUGUCUUUUAUUAAUUUAGUUCAAAUGUUCUACUAUCAGUGGAUAAAUAUUCAGCAGACAUGCAAUCCCACAUUCCUGGGCACAAAGUGCCUCAUCUCACAGUGAAGAUGUUAAACCAAGGGAGGAUGGAGUAGAUGGACCAGGAUCAAAUACUUUCAUUCCUUAAUAAAUCAGGACUACAGCUGGUAAAUCGUGAACAUGUUUCUGGUAUAAAAUAUGAGGACAAAUCCAUUGGUCAGAACAGGAUCCAGUGCUAACCAGGAAUUUAUUUCAUUUACAAACACAUUUUACUCCCACUACCCAGAUUUAUUUUAUUACAGUGUAGACAUAGCACAUAAAACUUUUAAAAUACUGUACUGUAAGUUUACUAUACAUGAGUUGCUGUAAUUUUUGUUUAAUCACAAUCACUAUCUCAAUAACAAAGAUAUACUAUUUAAUUUUUCAGAAAAAGCUACAUUGCAUAUGCUUUGGUGUUGUGUAUUUUCUUUCUAAAAUUGGCUUAGUCCAGUAAAUGAAGAAAAACACUAAAGCAUUAAAACAACAGUGACCAAAUAAAUACUUGAUGUGAUUUUUCAGGCCUAUUUAAAUAUUCAUUCCAUUAUAUCUAGAGUCACCAAGAACUACAUGUAUAUUUUUCUUCACCUAAAAUUGAAACAUAAUGUUUUACAUUAAAUUUAACAUGUGCAAUUUAUGUAGAGAAAAUACAUGUCAUAUAUUCUAUAAUGUUCACCUAUUUAAUUAUAUGAAUUUGCUUUUAUAUUACAAAAGCUGUUACGAUUUUUUUCUCUCUUACAAUUGAAAAAAUUAUUUAGGUAGUCAUUUAUGUUCUCAAAUCUGUUUGCUUCCCCUGCCUUGUUUUUAUGGUUUCCACAAUUAGUAAUUCAUUGUGCUUCUUUAUAAUCAGAUACUUUUGGGGGAAUGGGCGAAUUGAAUGUUUGAAAACUAAGUUUAAAGUGUUUGUUACCUAAAGUUUUGUACAUUUGUAAACUCUAAUUACAUAUGUGAAUGUUAGUACUCUUCAAUUAAUUGUCAAAUCUUUCCAAAACAUGCACUGGGCAGGAACAUUUUGUGAAAAGUCCUUUAUGGUAUAACUCAUUAACUUAUAUCUUAAUUAUAAAAUGAAUAUAAACUACAUCACC